UCAUUGAUCUAUUUGUGUUGCGUGUAUUUCUAAAUGUAAUUGCUAAUUUGCCUAAUUGGUUCCUCUUCAUGCACUUGUCCCGCAACCUCUGUAGCUCAUACAACACAAAACAAAUCUUAUUUCCCAGAAACAAAGUUCCAAUUAUUGUCUUCAUCCAUGGCAUCUCGCCGCCGUAUGUUAUUAAAGGUCAUAAUCCUCGGAGAUAGCGGGGUUGGUAAAACAUCACUGAUGAAUCAGUAUGUGAAUCGUAAGUUUAGUAAUCAGUAUAAGGCUACCAUUGGCGCCGAUUUUCUAACUAAGGAAGUUCAGUUUGAAGAUAGGUUGUUCACAUUGCAGAUCUGGGAUACUGCUGGUCAAGAGAGGUUUCAGAGUCUUGGUGUGGCCUUCUACCGAGGUGCAGAUUGUUGUGUCCUUGUUUAUGAUGUAAAUGUGGGGAAAUCUUUUGAGAACCUUAACCACUGGCGAGAAGAAUUUCUCAUUCAGGCUAGUCCGUCUGACCCUGAAAACUUCCCAUUUGUGGUGUUGGGAAACAAAAUAGAUGUUGAUGGUGGGAAUAGCCGAGUUGUUUCUGAGAAGAAAGCAAAGACCUGGUGUGCUUCCAAGGGGAACAUACCAUACUUUGAGACCUCUGCAAAAGAAGGAUUUAAUGUUGAAGCUGCUUUCCAGUGUAUAACCAAAAAUGCACUCAAGAAUGAACCCGAAGAAGAAUUAUACAUGCCUGAGACAAUUGAUGUUGGUGGUGGUGGACGGCAGCAGAGGUCCACAGGCUGUGAAUGUUGACUAGAGUUCUUCAUACUAGCUUGACUUGCUUGUUUGGUGCCAAACUACAACGUCCUUCAAAUAGGUGAUGUAUUAGUCAGCUAUUUCAACAAUGAAAAACAUAGGACAACUUAGAAAUUCGCUAUCUUGUAUCUCACUAGUGGGUUAGAUGUCCUCCUGUUUACUUUUCUAUUUACUCAUAUCUUAUAAUAUUUGUAACAAAUGUUUCUCCCCGUUGUAUUCCAUCAGGAAAUAUAUAAUGAGAAUUCCAAGUUGUGUUUUGCUUAUGUCAUGCAAGUUCCAAGUUUAAGUAUUGCUUUAAAUUGUAUUGUGUUUAUGUGGUGCCAGAUAUUCCUUAUUGUGUUUAGAUAGAAUGUUUCAAAUAAUAGUCCUUUAAUGAGGUCUCACAUUUCUUAUAGUUGCACACACACGCACACGC